AUGGGGGAGUCUAUCCCGCUGGCCGCCCCGGUCCCGGUGGAACAGGCGGUGCUGGAGACGUUCUUCUCUCACCUGGGUAUCUUCUCUUACGACAAGGCCAAGGACAAUGUGGACAAGGAGCGAGAGGCCAACAAGAGCGCGGGGGGCAGCUGGCUGUCGCUGCUGGCGGCCUUGGCCCACCUGGCCGCGGCCGAGAAGGUCUAUCACAGCCUCACCUACCUGGGGCAAAAACUAGGGGGCCAGUCCUUCUUCAGCAGGAAGGAUUCCAUCCGCACCAUCUACACUUCCCUGCACAACGAGCUGAAGAAGGUGGUGACUGGCCGCGGUGCACUAGGUGGGACCGCCCCUCACGUGGAAGAACUGCUUUCCCACCUGUCAGAGCAGCUCUGCUUCUUCGUUCAGGCCCGGAUGGAGAUCGCAGACUUCUACGAGAAGAUGUACACCCUCAGCCCGCAGAAGUUCAUCAAUGCUGAAGAGCUCGUGGGCCUCUUGGACACCAUCCUCAAGAAGUACAGCUCCAGAUUUCACCACCCCAUCCUCAGUCCUUUGGAAAGCAGUUUCCAGCUGGAAGUCGACGUCCUGAGUCAUCUCCUGAAGGCCCAGGCUCAGGUCUCCGAGUGGAAGUUCCUCCCGUCUCUGGUGAACUUGCACAGUGCUCACACCAAGCUGCAGACUUGGGGCCAGAUCUUUGAAAAGCAGCGGGAGACCAAGAAACAUCUGUUUGGAGGGCAGUCUCAGAAGGCCGUUCAGCCCCCACACCUUUUCCUUUGGCUGAUGAAACUCAAAAACAUGCUUCUUGCCAAGUUUAGCUUUUACUUUCACGAGGCAUUGAGCCGACAAACGACUCCUUCAGAAAUGAAAACGUUGACUGCAAAAGCCAACCCAGACUUCUUUGGGAAGAUUUCCAGCUUCAUCAGGAAGUAUGAUGCUGCCAAUGUGUCCUUAAUCUUUGACAACCGAGGUUCUGAGAGCUUUCAGGGUCACGGCUAUCACCACCCCCAUUCCUACAGAGAGGCUCCCAAGGGUGUGGACCAGUAUCCAGCUGUGGUGUCUCUGCCCAGCGACAGGCCGGUCAUGCACUGGCCCAAUGUCAUCAUGAUCAUGACAGACCGCAUGUCCGACCUGAACAGCUUGGAGAAAGUGGUCCACUUCUAUGAUGACAAAGUUCAGAGCACCUACUUCCUAACCCGCCCAGAACCUCACUUUACCAUUGUUGUCAUCUUUGAGUCAAAGAAAUCUGAAAGAGACUCCCACUUUAUUUCCUUCCUCAAUGAGCUCUCACUUGCCCUUAAGAACCCCAAAGUUUUUGCAAGUCUGAAACCUGGCUCCAAAGGCUAGCAGGUGAUUUGUGUGAAAGGUUUUCAAGACUGGAAAUUGUGUUCUUAAUUGCUCUAAUGAUCUACUGUGGCCUAUGAUUAGAGUUUCCAUCCAUUCAUGCUUCUCCCAGAGCUAAAUUAGAGACAGAUCCUCCCUAAUUGUGUCGCACACUUUAUAAGCAAUUAAGGCCAAUUGAAUUAAGUAUCCAAAGAGUAAUCUAGGAAGUGAUCAUGACUACUGUGUAUAACCGUGGUACAGCGAAGUUCUUUCGGUACUUUCUCCUAUUUUCCUGUAUUUCACGUAGACUGAAUAUUUAUUAGCCUUUGAUUUUUCUUUCCACAUGUUUUAUAUUGUUCUAAACUUUCUGUUUUAAUGCAAUUCCAAAUGCUUUCUCCUUUCCCUUCCUUCCAGGAUGAGUAAUUGGGAUAAGAUAUUAAAUGGCCUUUUCAGAA